AUCACGUGAUUUAAACCAUAUUUUAAAGGAUAUCGUUUUACACCUGUAACUAUUUCUUUCCGUGUGGUUUAUAAUACAUGAUAUGUGACAGAUUGCACACAAUGACAUGGACAACAUUGAUAUUAUUAAUAACAUUAAUGGAUAUAUAUUUGGCUGCUGCUCAAGACAAAGGCAAUUCAGCUAACGCAGCCAUAGGAGCUAAAGGUGUAGGACCAACUAAACCGGUAUACAGUACAUUACUAGAAUCAUCACUUAGGAGUGAACUGUUCACGGAUUAUGAAGUUUUACAGAGACCUCGCGAGAACGUCAAAAUAUCAAUCAGUUUAACCAUUCUAACUGUCAACGAUCUGAAUAUUAAAGACCAAUCCCUAUCAAUAUCAGGAUACCUUACUGUUGGUUGGCAAGAUUCCAGAUUAGACUGGUCAGACAGUUCCAUUACCUCACAAGACUAUUCCAAUGUAAAGUUCCUCUUCAGUACAGAAGAAUAUGUUUGGAGACCCGCACUUAUCAUAGAAAACUCAGUUAAGGACAUAGGCAUUAUCAAUGAUAAAUUUAUUCCAAUGCGAAUUGUAAGUGAUGGGAACAUAGUCUGGAACCCAUCAGGCAUAUACGAAGUAAGCUGUGAAUCUGACAUCACGUACUACCCUCUGGACACACAACAAUGUACAGUAAAGAUAAGUUCCUGGUCUUAUACCGCCGAGGAAGUUUCAUUACAAUUUGGAAAUGAAUCUGUAGACCUCAGUUUCUAUUCAGGAAAUGGAGAAUGGGAUCUUGUUUACGCAUCAAGUAGUACAGCGGGUUCCAAAUCAAGAGGAGGAAUUGCGUUUUCAAGUCUAACUUAUUCAAUCAAGCUCCAACGCCGUCCAAUGUUCCACGUCAUUAACACCUUAUUCCCUGUUGCUUUGAUGGCAGUUUUGAUUGCUAUGGUGUUCAAGCUGCCCGUGGAUUCAGGAGAGAAAAUAGGUUUCUCAUUGACCGUUCUAUUAGCCUAUGCUGUAUAUCUGACCAUGAUUUCGGACAAUAUUCCAAGUACCUCUGUCAAUAUAUGCUACCUCUCUAUAUACCUUGUAUUUAUUCUUACACUUGGAGCUACAUCAGUUAUCCUUACAAUCAUCGUUCUCAGUCUUCAUUUCAAACCAACGGAAGAUGAAAUACCACAAUGGGUUAAAAACAUGACAAAAAAAUAUCUUCUCAGAAUUGCUGGCAUGCAAAGUUGUUGUAAAUGUUGCGAGAAUAACAAAGUAACCGAGGUUGAAGUUUUGACACAGCCAACACUAGCACAUUUGAAAACAGAAAAUAACGGUCACUCUCACUUUGUUGAAGCAGUCAGUUCGAUGGACAUCAAGUUGACCUGGGAAAAACUAUCCAAAAUAAUGGACAAAGUGUUUUUUAACAUUUACAUUGCCAUGAUUGUCAUAGUCACUGUGAUGUUGUUCCUUGCAAUAUUUGUGAAUUACUACACGUCCUAAAUAUGCCUCUGCUGGUGGACUGUUAGUCCGCGAGGGUAUAACCAGCCCAGUAGCCAUUACUCCGGUACUGGCAUGAAAAUACGGAUUUUUUUUGUGUUAUUUAAAUUUGCUGUUACAAAAUGCUAGAAAUUAAGGAAUGUAUCUCCCUCAUGCAAAGAUUUAAUUCCUUUCACGGAUUUGGCUAUAUUUAGGACCUUUUGGAUUAUAGCUUUUCACCUUUUAUAUAAGCUUUGAAUUUUAAAUAUUUUGGCCAUAUCAUCACUGAAGAGACAUGUAUUGUAGAAAUGCGCAUCUGUUAUUAAAUUACAGUUUUAAUUAUAUUAUAAUUGAAAAAUCCCGACAGAACUUACGUAAAUAUGGAUUAAAUUGACAUUCAUCUAAAAGAAAUGAUAAAAAGCUAUUUUCACUACAUGUCCUGAAACCUAAUAUCUGAUGUCAAACUCAGUUUACUGAUAAAAUGCCAUUUAAUUUGUUCUAAAAAAAAACCCAUUACCACAGAUAUACCAAUUGAUAGUCAGACUAAGUAGUUUGAACUGUUUGUAGUGUAACUAAAUAAUUCAGAAUGAACAUAAUUCUUGACCUGAUAUUAAAAAUGUUUUUACAAGAUUCUAUAUGUUUAAAACUGGAUUUCUAUUAAUUUUAUCAGCUCAAUAGUGCAAUUGUAAAAUGUAAAGCGUGCUUUCAACAUUUAAAAAUAACCCCAACGAGCCAAUUGAGAUACGGCAGCUCCUAUCAUCCACUUGGACAAUUAUUGUUUUUAUUGGUAUGUUUUUUUGGUAGUUUGUCAUUUGAAGAUGUCCUAGCGAAAUGUUUAUGAAACUUCAAAGUGUUAAGUUAGUAGAACAAAUGCAUUUAAAUCUACAAUUUUCAAAAGGUGUGUACUCUAAUUAAAUAAAAGGGUGUGUUUCGUAGUUGAAUAAUUCUGGCUAUAAGAGCAUCUUGUUUCUAUAUACAAAAAAUAUUUCCCCAUUUCCUAAUUUAUGUUAUUUAUUCACACAUACCGUUAUGAUUUGUUAAUGCCAUAAAAAAAACCUACUUAACUGAUGUCAUGGAUUAUUGUUAUUUGGAUUAUAAUAUUGAUUUGUAACUUCAGCAUGAACUUGCCUUUAUUUUGUAGAAAUACUACCUUGUUAAAUCAUUUAUUUAAUGAGGAUAUUUCCCUGCUUUUUUGUUGAAGUUUCACUCUUAGAUUAUAUUUGUAUAUUUCAAAUUGAACAAAAUGUAAAACAUUUUAAUAUUUUUAUUUUCAAUUCAGACGAAUAGUUUUAUUUAAAGUUAAACUAAAGUUUUUACUCGAAUUUUGAGUAAAAUAUUGAUAACUCAUAAAUACCUUGUGCUUCUUAAUUGCUGCCUUCAUUUCUCAUUCCGUCUAAUUUUAUAUUGGCUUUUAUUUUUCCUUCAAAUCGUUCAAUUGCAGCAAGCCUUUAAUUACUUCAUGGACUGCUUUUACCAAGUUUGCUUCAUAUCUUGAUCUUUAUUGUUUACUUCAAACUAGAAUAUAUCACAAACGUGAGGAUUUAAAAUUUCCAAUUGUCAACUUUCCAUUUCUAAUCGUAUAGCAUAUAUCCAUUAAGUUACGUUUUUGCAUGUUUAUAUUAUAUUGAUUUAAAAGGGGUUUACGUCUUACCCAAACACUGGUCCAACACAAAUACGAGGAAGAAUGACUGACAAAAGACAUAGGUUUCGAUAAGAAACUUGACCGAUACGAAUCUAGUAAUAUUACUAGAAAACUAUUAUGUCACGGAUUUUUGUUAGCACAUAUUACUUAUAACUAGGGAUAUCAAAAGUUAUGAAAUGUAAUACUCGAGUACUCGGUCAUGAUACUCGCUAGUACUUGCUGAGUACUCGGAUGAAUCUCAAAGGUAUAUUUAAAAGUUUAGAUUUAAGAGGGGGAGCUUUUUAUUUGUUAUUACCUUUCAAAAACAUAUUAACGAAAGGCAAACGUAUUAUUUCAGAACUCAAACUGUAUGACUACAAAAAUAACUUGAUCUGUUAUAUGUAUCGGUCCUCCUUCUUUGUGUUGCUGAAACAGUGAAUUACAGACCGUCGUUUCUACUGAUAACCUAUCAUAAUUAUAGCAAUAACUGUCUGUGGACAUUUUAAUGAACCAAAUAAUAAACAUGCCAACAAAAACGUAACUAUUUGCAUAUAAAAGUUCGACAAAAUAGACAAUCUUAGCUGUCCUGUGGAGUUACGUGUAGUUUUUAUAUUGCAACUUGUUCAUUAAUUGGUCAACAAUAGUAAUUGAGUUUCAAGAUAUUACAUUAUUUUAUAUGUACAUCUCAUACCAAUCACGUUUAAUCAUGCUUAUUGUGCUUUUUUGUAAAUUUUUGUUUGUUUUGAGAUUGUACGUAAAGGCAACAGUAGUAUACCGCUGUUGAGAUUGUAACACAUUGUAACACAGGGAUGACUUCUGUAACAAAUUUUUGACUAUUUUACCAAUUAUGUUUGUUUUGUUCACGCAUCAUUGUAAAUAUAACGGAAUUGUAUGCGACUGUCAUUCAAUUGAGAGUUUAAUUGCGAUAAAAGCAGGUAAGAAAUAUGACAGUUGUUGUCCAUUUG